CUCUAAUCAAAUCUCCACUUCUGCUUCUACUUCCUCUUCUUCUUCCCUUUUAUAAAAAGGCCCCAAUUCCUUCCUGUGGCUUUCUUUCCUUCCCUCCCAUCGUUUGUUUGUUUGUUUGUUCGUUUGCUCCUUCCUUCCUGUCUCUCUCACCCUCGCCCGGCCCUAUCUAUCCUUCUCUCUCUCUUGUCUUUCCGCGUUUCGUUUCUCCCCCCCAAUCUCAUCGUCGCAGAUUCGCUCUUCGAUCCACCAACUGGUAAGUCUUCUCUCUCCCCUCCACCGUCUCGUUACUAAGCCCUAAUUUCCCCGCAAUCCUCGCUCCCCCCCGAUCGACCGACGACGAGGAUCCCUGAUUUCUCUUCUCCGGCAACCAUGAGUGACGAGGGAGAGAAGACCUGCCCACUUUGCGCUGAGGAGAUGGAUCUGACUGAUCAGCAAUUGAAGCCUUGCAAAUGUGGCUAUGAGAUAUGUGUUUGGUGUUGGCAUCACAUAAUGGACAUGGCUGAGAAGGAUGACUCAGAGGGCCGGUGUCCUGCAUGCCGCACCCCAUAUGACAAGGAGAAGAUAGUAGGGACCGGACCGAAUGAGAGAUUGGUUGCUGAAUUCCAAGAUCGGAAGAAGUCACAUAAGUCAAAGACGAAACCAUCCGAGGGGAGGAAGCAGCUCAGCAGUGUGAGGGUGAUCCAACGGAACCUGGUGUAUAUAGUUGGGCUACCUCUGAACUUUGCCGAUGAGGAUCUACUCCAGCGAAGAGAAUAUUUUGGUCAGUAUGGGAAAGUCUUGAAGGUAUCCAUGUCACGGACAGCAGCGGGAGUCAUUCAGCAGUUUCCUAAUAAUACUUGUAGUGUAUAUAUUACUUACGGAAAGGAGGACGAAGCUAUUCGUUGUAUUCAAUCUGUACAUGGAUACAUUUUGGAUGGUAGACCAUUGAAGGCAUGCUUUGGAACCACAAAGUACUGUCAUGCUUGGUUGAGAAAUGUGCCCUGCACCAAUCCUGAUUGUCUAUACUUGCAUGAGGUUGGAUCUCAAGAAGUUAGUUUUACAAAAGAUGAGAUCAUCUCAUCGUAUACGAGGAGUAGGGUGCAACAGAUUACUGGCGCAACCAGUAAUUUAGUUCCGCGUGCAGGGAAUAUGUUGCCACCUCCAUCCGAUGAUUAUUCUUACAACACUUCGGCAUCUUCUGCAAGACCCAUACUGAAAAAUGCAGUAAAUAGUACAAUGGGUAGUAGUGGAAAGGGUUCGCCUCCUAAUGGGAGCGGUAGUAGAUCUGGUGCUCUUCCAGCUGCGGCUUCAUGGGGAAUGCGCUCCUCAAACCAGCCAUUAAAUCUAACAUUUUCAAAUGGCCCUCCUAAGCUGAAGUCUGAUACAGUUGCCAGCACUGUUGGAUUUUCAUCAGCUACAGUUCAGCCUUCUGCAUCAUUUGCAGUGAAAACGACCAGUUGGAACGAAGAUAGCCAAUCAACAAACAGUAAAUGCAAACCUGAUCUAUUAGUACCUCUGAAACAGCUGUCCGGUGGUGACUCCCCUCCGAUUGUGACCGAAAAGGCAUCUUUAAGUAAUACCAGUGCUAAUAUUCACUUAACUAAAGAUUCGGGAAGAGCUGAGGUAUCAAGUGUGAAAAGUUCUCUUAUCUACCCUCAGUCCUCAAGUCAUGAGCAAGAUGGGCUUGCUAUUGCAGAUGAGAAAAUUCUGAGUUCAUGUCCUGAAAUCUCCUCAACAAGGAUUGGUAGAAAUGAUAAUUCUGGGGCAGUGUCUAGAACUAGCAGUGUGUUUCCAGAGAACACUGAGGUUAAAUUUCCUAGUGGUCAGCAACAAUGUGUUGAGCAGUAUGGAGAUUCUUUAGCAUCUCCGGCAAGUGAGCCUGCUGCGAAUGGGGUAUAUGUUUCAAGAGAAGAAAAAGACUGGAGAAUGGAUCCACAGACUGAAGCAGUUCCUAUCAGUGAAUGUGAGCUAGAAGAGGAUGUAUUAUCAUUUGAUAACCAGAGACUGAGGGAUCCAGAGUUGGUCAGCUGUUCAUUGUUUUUGCCAAGUUCGGUGAACUCUCUCCAGGCCGCAAAGAGUUCCUGGUCUCAUUCUCUGCAGCAUACUGAUGCUUUAGGUACUGUUGAAGCAAAUCCUGAUCCUUUAUUCUUAGAUCAUAGAAUUGGUGAUGGUCCAAUAAGACACAUGCCUAGCAAUUCUGUUUUGCCAAAUGGAUACCCUGAAACAUUUAUGAAUAGCUCUACUGGGUUGGGUAGACAUUCAGAACAACCUCUUUUCCGCCCUGGCCAAGGUGAAGGGGAGCACUUGGGAAGAUUACAAUGUGACAGUAAUGGUAAUGCGACUCUAGAUGCUGGAGAGAGUAGCAUAAUUUCGAAUAUACUAUCUCUAGAUCUGGAUGGAUGGGAUGAAUCAUUAACUUCUCCUCAAAAGUUGGCUAAAAUGUUGGGUGAUACAGAUCCACAAACUAGUUCUCUGAAGAUGUCUAAUUCCUGGAAAGGUCAAAGUAACAAGCAGUCUAGGUUUUCUUUUGCUAGGCAGGAGGAAUCAAGGAAUCAUGCAUUUGAUGUUGAUCCGUCCUUUAUUGGGCUGGGACAGAUGCCAAGGAAUCAUUCCUUCAAUCCUGAUCUCUUGGAAAAUAGAAAUUCAUUCUUGGAUAAGCAUGGGCUGAGUAAUGGUUUCUCAUCAAGUAAUAUGGACGAAUCAGAAUCCUAUCUUGGUGGCACUUCAGCUUUUCCUUCCAGUAAGCCUUCUGUUUCCCGAUCUCAAAUUUCGGCCCCACCUGGGUUUUCAGUGCCUAACCGAGCACCACCACCAGGUUUCUCUUCUCACGAGAGAGUGGAGCAGACUUUUGACAGCAUCUCAGGAAACCAUUUGUUCGAUUCAUCUUCCUUGCUUAGAAGCUCAUACCAGGCUCCAAUGGGUGGAAGCAUGGGAAGCACAGCUGACAUUGAAUUCAUAGAUCCUGCAAUUUUGGCUGUUGGCAAAGGGAGACUUCAAGGGGCUUUUAGUAAUAAUAAUAGCCCUGGUUUGGACAUGAGAUCAAACUUCCCACAACAGUAUAGCAAUUUUGAGAAUGAUGCCAGACUACAACAACUACUUAUGCAAAGAUCUCUUCCACAACAGCAGCAGAACCUACGAUAUGGUGACCUUGGGGAUAACUUCUCUUCUCUCACUGAUUCUUAUGGCCUCUCUUCAAGGAUGGUGGAUCAGUCUCAACUGAACAACCUUUCCCCCUUUGCACAACUGUCCGUCCCACAACCUAGAGGUAAUGGACAUGUUUCAAAUGGCCACUGGGGGGAUGGCUGGAAUGAGGUCCAGGGCGGUGGGAACAGUUUGGGUAUGGCAGAGCUACUUAGGAAUGAGAGGCUGGGCCAGUUCAACAAGUUUUACUCCUCUGGGUACGAAGAUUCAAAAUUCCGGAUGCCUAGCUCUGGUGACUUGUACAACAGGACGUUUGAGAUGUGAUGCAGUAGUGGGGGACAGAUGAAGAUGUUUUGCUUGGCUAGCAAAUGGCUGAGAGUUGUAGAGGGGGGGGGAUGGAUGAGAUGAUCUGCUUCACAACUACAUGGCCGUUGUACUGAAGGAUUGGACUCUACAGCUUUAAAAGUGUUUGGUCUUAACUGGGCAGCCUUAUGAAGGACCAAAAGCUCCUGGAAACUCGUGGUCUCGAAGGCAGCAGGUGUGAUAUGAAUGCUCGCUUGGGGAAAGAUUUAUCCUUUGCUCCUUGCAAUCAUUCCAGCAGAGCUGCUAAUCGCCUAAGCAGUGUUCAUUGUGCUUUUUCUUUCCAUCGCAGGUCAUGUAAGCUUGUGGAGAACAUCGUCACUGUAGUUGAAGGAAUCCUGGAAGCGUCAGGGGUGCGUGCGUACUACUACUACUACCUGAGAAGUUGAGGGCAAAGGUUGUUUAAUCGUAUAGAGUUGUCGAGUGUCCUUCCUUUUCUCCAGAGUCUUGGUUCUGUUUAUUUUGCCUGUGAUGAGUAAAAAGAAGGAAUGAAUUUGGUUGAUUUUGUCUCCGUCAGGCUGUCUGUUUUCCCUUCCCUACCUGCUCGCCGUUUGUACUUAUUUUGACUGCCUUCCCGAUAAUUGUUGCUAACAGCAAGUAUUAGAUACGAAAGAUAAGGGGGGAAACGUAUUGCUUCAACUUCGAGUUACUCUCUCAAGUUUCAACUUCUGCAUC